UUUAACCCUAACCGUUUGUAUAAAUUCUCAAUUUUCGCAUAUGAAUUUUUCUUGACAGUAAAAACCUUUGAGCGAAAAUGGCAGAAGUGAAUCCGUGUAAGAAACUAGCAGACAGGUAUCUGAAGCGCGAAGUUCUUGGUGAAGGUACCUAUGGUAUCGUGUUCAAAGCCAUUGAUACCCAGACCGGACAAAUGGUUGCAAUUAAGAAGAUUCGGAAACGGAUUGAUGAGCCGCUGGACGGGGUUAAUUUUACAGCUCUUAGAGAAAUAAAACUUCUCAAAGAGCUCAAACAUCCAAACAUUGUUGAUUUGAUUGAUGUAUUCCAAUAUAAACAGAAUUUGCAUCUUGUGUUUGAAUUCAUGGAGACAGAUCUUGAAGCGGUCAUAAGAGACCGAAAUAUUUUCCUCUCACCAGCUGAUAUUAAAUCUUACCUUCUAAUGAUACUAAAAGGUCUUGCUUAUUGUCACAAAAAAUGGGUUUUGCAUAGGGAUGUGAAACCAAACAACUUGUUGAUAGGACAAAAUGGACAGCUGAAACUUGCAGAUUUUGGUUUAUCACAGAUAUUUGGAGACCCAGAUCACGAGUUCCCUGAUCAGGCAUUUGCUCGGUGGUACAGAGCGCCUGAGCUAUUAUUUGGUGCCAAGAAGUAUGGGUCAGGGGUAGAUGUUUGGGCUACAGCUUGUGUAUUUGCUGAGCUUCUUCUUCGUAGACCUUUUUUGGAGGGAUCAACUGAUACACAUCAAGCACGGAAGAUUUUCACAGCAUUUGGAACCCCAUCACCUUCCCAGUGGCCUGAUAUGAUGUACCUUAAAUAUUAUGUUCAAGAAAAAUAUAUUGCUGCUCCCCCGUUGCGUUCUUUAUUUCCAAUGGCAAGUGAUGAUGCUUUAGAUUUGUUAUCAAAGAUGUUUACCUACGAUCCAAAUGCUAGAAUUUCUGUGCAGAAAGCAUUAGAACACAGGUACUUUUCUUCUGUGCCUCUUCCCACAGAUCCAGAAAAGCUUCCAAGACCUGUUCCCAAGAGGGAAUCUAGGGUCUCAGAUCUGAAUUCUUUUCAAUUAUCACCUUCAAGAAAGAUUAGAAGAGUGAUGCCAAGGUGUGAUGGAUUUGAAGGCAGUACGUUGGAAAGAAAUAAGAUUGAUGAUAAUGUUGGUAAUUUCAAACAUACAGUUGGCGAUAAUACUGGCACAAAUGAGCCCACACCAAAUUCACUAAAUUUUUCUGUCUUUGGAUUAAAACCUCCAAAUAGACCAACAAUUACCAGUGCUGACAGAUCACAUUUGAAAAGGAAAUUAGAUUUAGAUUUCCAGUAGUCAAAAUGAAUAUUCUUUUGUCUGUGCAUCAGUGCAUGGAGUUUGAUGCAUCCGAGAAAAUGCUGUGAAAUAGCUUUUAUUGCGUGUAUCAAUCCUUAUCUCUGUCCCUCUGUAUGAAGCUACCUACCUUGAAUGUGCAGAAACUUAAAGGAAGCAGUUGCAGUAACAGCAGAUUAUAGAAUAAAAAAAUAGUAACCAUACUUUGGAUCUUCUUUGGCCCUUCCAUUUCUGGCGCAUGAAAGAAUAAUGCUAUUUUUUACUUUUAUAGAAAAAAUAUAUACUAUCAAUGGCUCGAUGAGAGACUUAUUGUUUACUCUUUGAGAGUACAAUGUGUAUUUUCUCGGGUGCAUUAUACAGGUUGUAUACAAUUUUUAUUCAAGCCAUUGUCAAGGGGGAUUAUGGAGGUUUUCGGUUUUAAAGGUUUUAAUGCAGAUACCUAGCUCUUGGGCAAAGGACAUUGCUUCCUGCGCUGUUAAUUUCAAAGGAGUUGACAGCUUUGUGCUUAAAUACAUUGGUCUCUAUCUCUCAAAAUUUUCCAUCAAAGGAUACAAAGCAGUUUUGCUGCCAUUGGUUCCUCACAAAUUAAUCCCUGCACUAACCAACAUUUCAUAUCAAGUUGGCAUGAAAACUAUACAAGUUUUGCAAUUAUUGAGCACUGCAUGAACAUAUGUUUGGAAGUUUCUAUUUCCAUGCGGCAAAGUGGGCAACAAGUGUCCAAUUGAUAUAUUAUUUUUGGACAAGUUUUCUCUAGUAGGAAGAAGAUUCUUGGUAAGCCUCCACAAGAAGUUUCCUACCCUAUAAGUUUCUUGCGUGCCCUAUGCAGUUCGGAUUAUAGAAUUCGAACGACAAAUACUCUAUCAAAACCUCCAAAACACGUUGAAACAUUAGAGCAUGAGAGAAACUCAUAGGGUGGGAAAAGUUAUGGCCUUAUAGAAAUCGUCGAACUAUUCUUUUAUUAUCGAAAAACAUUUUCGCUAAUUGCUACUUGCUUUUUUGACAUGGUUGAUGCUUCUCUAGGGGGCUUUGUCUAAUAUGCACAAGUUAUUUGUAGUUGCAU